UAUUGAAGAAGUUCGAUAUAUCGAUAGUUCUACAUAUGGUUUGACAGCACUGUUCCACCUCUAGAUAAGUUCCUUCUUUUUUCGCUUUCCUGAAAUCAAGAUGGUGAACGUACCCAAGCAACGCCGCACCUUCUGCAAGAAGUGCAAGGUCCACAAGCUGCACAAAGUGACGCAGUACAAGAAAUCCAAGGAGCGUAAGGGUGCUCAGGGUAGGCGUCGUUACGACAGGAAGCAGCAGGGUUUCGGAGGUCAGACCAAGCCCAUCUUCAGGAAGAAGGCCAAGACCACCAAAAAGAUUGUGCUGCGUAUGGAAUGCACUGAGUGCAAGUACCGCAAGCAGACUCCCCUGAAGCGUUGCAAGCACUUCGAGCUGGGCGGUGACAAGAAGCGCAAGGGACAGAUGAUCCAGUUCUAGGCUCCUUCUUUAAACCGAUACAUUUUGCUAACGAAGUGGUUUUAAGUUGUUUUUACGCUGCUUUAUGGUGGCAAAUAAAACAAAAUAAACUUGUAGACGUAA